UUGAUGUUAGUAGGGAGCUGAAGGUAGUGAUUGAGUGGCAGUAUCAUCUGAAAGGGGUUGCCCUAAUUUUGGCUAAAUGCUGCUUUUAGACAGGUCACAAACCAACCCACUGAUGACCAAAUCUCCUCCACUAUUCCUUUAAAAUCUGUAAUACAGGUAUUUACCAAAAUGAAACUAUCAAAUUUUUUUCAUCUCUCUGGUCAUGUGGAUGAUUUUUUGUCUCAGUAGUUGAAAAAGGUUAUUAAGCUGUAUCAUUUUGAUGUAUGAUCUGUGGCCGUGUAUAACACUGAUUAUAACUCUUCAUUGGAGUGCUCUAGCAAGUGGCUUUGGAAUGAUGCCUAUAUUCGUAAAAUGUGAUGUGCUCUUGCACCUAUUUGUAGGCGUGCUAUAAAUAGGCCCCUUUUGGCACCACAUGCUCAGCCAUGAUUGACAGUUGCAAAGCUUUGGUCCGGCGAAAGCAGCCUCUAAAAGACAAGAAAAACACACAAAGGCUUCAGUCGCAGUAGAGUGGGAGUAUUUUUUUUACUAGAAAUUUGGGUAGCAGAGACUGCUUUAUUCAAAAGCAACAGCAAUCCACUAUUUUUAUUUGGAUUAUAUAAACCAGAGUAUUUUUGACAAUGACAUCACGGAGGCCAAUGACCCAUUCCUAUUCAGGCAAUGGGAGAAAUGGCAAUCAAAAUGGAGAUGAUGUUUUCUCGCCACGUUUAGACAGCCGCAACUACCUCUCCAGUGUCCGGCCUGAGAACAGGAGUACAUUUUGUACUGUCAUAUCUCAGCUGACAGAAGAGACUCCGCCAUGUUUUGAGACUACGAUCAAGUCCAAGGCAGUAUCAGAGGCCUGCAAUGUGAAAUUCACCUGUGUGGUCACAGGCUACCCAGUUCCUGAGCUGACGUGGUAUAAAGAUGACAUGGAAUUAGACAGAUAUUGUGGACUUCCCAAAUAUGAAAUUUUUCGCAAUGGCAAAAACCAUACGCUCCAUAUCUACAACUGCACAGUGGAUGAUGCAGCCAUCUAUCAGGCAUCAGCCAGGAACAGCAAGGGUAUUGUCUCUUGUUCUGGGGUUUUAGAGGUUGGCACCAUGAGUGAAUACAAAAUCCACCAAAGGUUCUUUUCCAAGCUCAAGCAGAAGGCUGAGCUUAAACGAAGAGAGUUAGAACAAACAUACUAUCAAGAAAAGGAGAAUAUUCUAAGGGAGCAACUUGGCAGCUGCCAAAAUAAUGUUUGCUGGACUGAUGAUCAAGAGCAAAAUUCAUUAUCUGUUCAGGUUAGAGAGGAUAAUGAAGAAAAAGAGAAUGAUCAAAUUGAGGAGCAACAGGACGCUCCUAUGGAGAUGAAUAGUCAUUCAGUGAUACCCCACAGAUAUACAAUUAGUUCUGAUACAAUUCAAGAAGCUGAAAAUCAGAAUAUGAGCUUAGAUGUAGGUCAAAAAAAUAACACCAGUGUGCUUAUUUGUGGUUUUGAGAAAACAAUAACUGGAGGCACCACCAUGUCAACCAAAGAAAAAGUAAGCAGAAAUAAUAUCACACUCUCCAAUGGACUUGAAGAGGCUUUUACCACUCAGUCCUGUCAAGUUCCAAGAGAAGAAAAGGAUGGGGGAAAUGAGGAAAUGAGCCUGACAAAAAUCUUAGUAGAGUCCUUAAAAUUAAAACUUGAUGAAGAACAUCAAAAUGCUAUCCUCCACUCACAGGAGAUUACAGGCACUAAAGCCACCACAAUAAAAAAAAUGAAUAAAAAGAAGGAGGUGGACUCAGAGGGGGAAAAUAUGAAAGUGGACAAAAGGCAUCAGGAGUGUAAAAGUGGCUGGGAAGGAGAACUGGAAAAUAUUACACAACUUAGGCCUGAACAUGAAGAUUUUGCAGCUGCUUCUGAAGAAAAUAAAAUUGUAUACAAAGAGCAGGACUAUCAACAAAAGUCUGCACUCAGCUCAGUGUUUCAUUCCCUAAAGGACAUAUUCUUUGGGAGAGGGAAAAAAACAUCAGAGAUUGCAGGCUCCUUUAAGAAGGUCACUGACAUAAAUGUCAAAAAUGAAAUCCUGGCUGUUAAAACAGAUGCACAUUACAGUCUUCCAGAGGUGUCGCCAGUAAGACAUGACACAUCAGGUAUCUGUGGUGCCAUGAGAGAUCAGCUUGUUCCAGUGGCCUUAGAUCAGCAAAGUCAAAUUGCAACUCCUUGUGAAAAUGCACACGUUUCCCAGGAAACACCCUCAUUACCAAUUAAGACUGAAAUAAAGAGUUUAAAUUUGGAUAAUCACAUUCAUGAAUUUGAUACGUGUUAUUGCAAAGAUAUAGAUUGCAUAGAAGAAGAAAAAGAAUCUGGUUCAGAAGCACUUCAAAAGAACCCCUUUGAGGCUUCAGAUGACCAGACAAAGCCCAACGAUACGGAGCACUUGGUUCAAGUGUGUCAUGAAACUGCUGCACAGGAAUACACUGGUGGAGAAAUACAAGCCGUUAAGGAACAAGAUGGUACUGCAGACUUCACAAUGAUGUCAGAGACCUCCAUGCCAACGCCAAACAUGACAGACUUGAAAGGUUGCAGAAGCUGUCCUGAGGCUCUAAUUUCAACAUCACUCAACAAAGCAACUUAUCUGGUGUCCAACGAGUAUAUGCAAAAGGAAGGUAUUAGGGUGGAGGAGAGCAUGGCAGAAUGUAAUCUCAGUAAAGAAAGCAAAGACAAGAUGCAUGUAGCAGUAGCAGAAUCAAUACAUUUUAAAAAGAAGCCUGAGACAGACACAGUCAAUGUUACAGAAAGAUUAGCUCUUCCUGUAUAUGAGAGGGGACAACAAUGCAAUGUCCCGAAUCAAGAAAAAAUAAGCCCAAUAAUUGAUAUGGGUCAUGGGGAGUCUUAUAUAAUAGACAAUAACAUUACCCAAAAUAGAAAUUUUAUUCAUGUGCUUAAUAGUUUUAUAGAAAAUGUGCAAGGGCCUGCAGCAGACUCUGUUAAACUUGAUACUAGUAAGGUGGAAUCUAUAGUUAGCAUUGGAAAUAAAGACAAUAACAUUGAAACAAAGAAGGUUGAUAGUAUUGAAAAAAAGCUGGGGAAGCAAGAUGAAAGUAAAGAGAAAAAGAGGGGUAAUGAAACUGAGCAGACAUCUGAUAGCAAAGAAGAAAGCACAAACUUUAUCCUUCAACAAGGUGCAGGAGUUUAUAAAAGGCAAACAGGAACUGAGGGACUAGAGACUGAUUUAAAUGUAAGAGUUGUUGAAAAAACAUCAAUGCAUACAAAAUCACAACCAGAAAGGCACACAUGUGAGUCUAGGGAUCAAUCUGGUGUUCCUCCAAUCAUAAUUCUUCCUGACACACGGGAAACUGUCAUAAAAAAUGUAGCAAAGAUGAGAGCUAUGCCAUUUACCCCAGAAAUCAAGGUUACAGUCCCAGAAGUUAAGAAAUCUGAAGUUAAAAUCAAACACGAGGAGCCUUUCGGUGUCCCUAGAGUAGAUAUUCUGUUGUCAGAAUCUGAAAAAAUUAGCCAUUCACUGGUUAAUGAUGUUGCACUUAAAGACAAUGACAUUUCUUCAGAUGACACAAUGGUCAAUGCCCCAAGAGCUCCAAAUAAUAAUAAUUUAGAUGUCAAAGUGGAGAUAAUCAAAGAGCCAAUAGAUGUUAUACCUCCUCAGCAUAAAAAUAAUUUUGACUUGUUUCCGUCAGACCAGAGAAUCAUAGAAGUACCAGAAAGUUUUAAGGGUCAAAUGGGUGAUGGAGCAGAUUCAUAUAAAGACAGUAGGAAAGGAAAUGACAGCAAUAGCAUCCCUAUAAUCAGCAUAGCAUGUGCUGAUGAUAAUACACCUUUCCAAGAACAGGAGAAAGAACCUGCCUUUGAUGAUACAAUUCACCCAGACAGUGUAGCUUUUAAAACGCAAACGUAUUUAUCUUCAUUUAUUCCUACAACCGAAAUAGAAACCAGUACAGAAAGAAGUAUAAAAAAGGAAAUCGCACCAGAGUAUAUAACAGUCAGUGUAGCCAGCCAUAACACAAAUGUCUUAGAGAAAGCUGCACUGCAAAAAGAAAGAACUGAGAGAAGGAACUUGGUUGAGAUUCAAAUGAUCUCUGAUGUUUGUUCAGUAUUAUCACAAAAAGUAGUUCAAAAUACCACAGACAAUGACACUGAAAUCUGUGCAGACAAAGAACCAAAAGUGGAACUUGAUGCUGACAGGUUGCAAAGGGACAAACCUACAAUGGAGAAACUUGGCCUGACAACCCCUGUUGGACCAACACUUCCUCCACUCAGCCCGGCCAGUUUGCGUAGGCUUAUGGCAAAGAAUAACCCUAACUUAGAAAGCCAGGGUUCCACCAUCUCUGUGUUAGGGGAUGGAAGUGAAAAGAAAGGAGAGGAUAGUGGAGGCAGCACUCCCACAUCCACUCUUUCUUGUGAGAACAGCCCCAAGAUGAAACGGCGAGACAGCCUUACUCUUAUUCCCUCUGCUACCCCAGAGGAGCUGGCAUCUGGGGCUCGGAGAAAAAUCUACCUUGCCAAAACAAAGUCUGAAGAUGAAGGCUCAGACACCCAAAGCAGAAGAGACAGCCCAUACAUGUCACCUAGCCAGGCCCGCAGGGCUGCUUUUUUGCAACUUCAGAGUGGUCAACAACCGCAACACAUUGAAAAACGUUCACCUUUGUUAGGUCGCCGCAAAACCACAGUGGACAUGCACAAACCUAAGGAGGAGCCUUCUGAUGAAACUAACAUGUCACAAACAGAAAGCAAACCAGCAGAUAAAGAAAAGCUAGACCCCUACAAAGCUCCUCAGGUAAUGCGAAAGAUCAGGGGAGAACCAUUCUCAGAUGCCUUGGGUCACUUGAAGCUGUGGUGUCAAUUCUUUAAUGUGGUCAGUGACUCUACAAUAAAGUGGUUCAAAGAUGAUAUAGAGAUUGCAGAAAUAAAAAGAAGUGCAGGGGAUGAGAGUCAAGUAGCACUGGCCAUUGUUCAGGCAUCCAACAGAGACUGUGGAGUAUAUGGCUGCACAAUCAACAAUGAAUAUGGCACAGACACAACUGACUACUUACUCAGCUCAGAUAUACUGACGGAGUUCUUCUUACGGGAUGAUUCAGAAGUGGGAGAGGAGAUUGAGAUGACCCCCUUGCUGUUCAGCAAAGGCCUUGUGGACCCUAGCUACUGGGGUAAUAAGUUCUUUGGUCGCAUUAUGAUGGAGGAGCUGCAAAUUGGGGACGGAUGUGCACACAAAAACAGCAGAGCUAGGGUCAUCUAUGGUCUGGAGCCUAUCUUUGAGUCAGGAAGCACUUGCAUUGUCAAAGUGAAAAGCCAAAUUGUGUAUGGGACCAAAGAAGAAAACUGCUUGGCUGAGAUAAAUUUAGAGAUUACUAAACAGGAAUGUAAAAUCCAGAACACAGUCCGGGAGUACUGCAAGAUCUUUGCUGCUGAGGCAAAAGCAAUCGAUAAAUUUGGUUGUGCUUUAGAAGUGCUUCCCUUAUAUUUGAUCUACCGGCCUGCCAACACCAUCCCAUAUGCAACAAUGGAGGCUGAUUUAAAGGGGUUGUACUUGAAAUACUGCACAAUGGACAGCACGGGGAGACUGAUUGUACGAACCACAACUGAAGUGGAACAAAAAUGUUGUACAUUUCAGCACUGGAUCUAUCAGUGGACAAAUGGCAAUCUACUGGUUACCCAGCUAGAAGGUAUGGACACAAAGAUCACAAAUGUUAAGAUUGCCACCAAGUCCAAAGGCUAUCAGAGUCUCACAGAUGAAAGCUCUCCAAAGAUAUUGGAACAAUUUGUCAUCCAACAUCAGUGCAACUAUUACUGUGGGUUGCUGGGCCUGAGGGCUCUGAUGACCAUGGAUUCUUUUCAGCAGUCAAAGUUAAAGACAUCCAGGAGUCCUUUGAUGGCUCGUAAGGUGGGUCUUGCUGAUUCAUCCAGCCCACAGCUUCUGAAGAAAGGCUCCAGUAGCCCUCAAACAGGCAAGAAGGUCAAUUCUAGUCCUAAGAUAGCCAAAAAGACUGUUGAAGAUGGGAAGAACAACCCUACUACCAAACAUAGAACAAUGGAGAUUUCCAAAUCGGUCUGAAAUGAGAUAAAUAUUUUUUACUGGGAAAAAAAAUUAAGAAGCCAUCAGAGUAUUCUCUUUCAUGUUUUUUUUUUUUUUUACUUUUAAUCUUUUCUUAGUCCUAUUGCUCUAAAUUAGGGUGGCCAAAAUUGACCCUUUCAGUGUUUAUCUGUAGCUGGGUAGCGAAAUAAAUAUUUAUAAAAGUGGUUCAUCUGUAAAGCAAGCCUGCAUAAUUCCACUGAUACUUGCAUUAAUCACCAAUUUUGAUUUAAUGUGUUUUUACAAUUAAAUUUUAUUGUGGUCAAUGUGUGUAAAUUUUAAAGUAACCAGAAGGGCACUUUAAUUUCAGUUAAUUUCAAUAAUGAAAAUCAGUAUCAAAAUAAACAAUAAUAGCAAGUAUGAUAAGUUGUGUCCUUAUCAUAAAAAAUCUAAUAAAAUAGUGGUGAACAGAAACAUCAUACAAAAUAUAAUGUAGUUUUGUGUAAAACAGAACACUACAUUAUAUUUUGUGAAUCAGGUGUAGUGGUUCAGAGGGCAUAUGUGAAUCUUUUAUAACUCACUAGACAUUUUAUUAGGAAUGCCUGUACAUGUACCAAUUUCCGCAGUUAUCUAAUCAGCCAAUCAAAUGGAACAAUGCAAUGCCCUUUAAUCUUGCCAUGUAGACCAUAAGCUUUGGAUAAUGUUUACAUCAAACAUUAAAAUGAGAAAAGAAUGUGUUCUAAGUGAUUUUGACCAGUCAUGAUUGUGGGUGCCAAAUUAAACAAGAGUCAAUUUAAUGUAUAAAAGCAUAAGCCUUAUACCUUAAAUAAUUUUUAGCCUUAUAAUAUUUCCAUUAGCAUAUGGUAAACUAACCCAAACUAAUAAGUAAAAGAAAAGCAGAAACAUAAACGUCAAUCAAAAAUAAAAAGCAUAAGCGAUCAGCAGUUUGAUUGCAAGUUGUAGUUUUUAAUUCCAGUUUUUCAUUUACUGGAUUAAUAUGUUUACAGUUCUAGACUUAGGACUAUCAUUUGAAUAUAUAUAGCACAUACAACUCUCUCUCUCUCUCUUUCUCUCUCUCUCUCUCUCUCUCUCUCUCUAUAUAUAUAUAUAUAUAUAUAUAUAUAUAUAUACACACACACACACACACACACACACA